AUGAUGCCACAGCGGCACCUCCGCAUUUUGGCGCCGGACGAGGAAGCGGAAGACGAGGGGGAAGCCGAGGAGAUGCCGGCCACGGAGAAGGACCUGGCCGAAGACGCUCCCUGGAAGAAGAUCCAGCAGAACACGUUCACCAGGUGGUGCAACGAGCAUCUCAAGUGCGUCCACAAGCGCAUGUUGGACCUCCAGAAGGACCUGGCGGAUGGCCUGAAGCUCAUUGCGCUACUGGAGGUCCUGAGUCAAAAGAACAUGUACCGCAAGUACCACGCCAGGCCCAAUUUCCGCCAGAUGAAGCUGGAGAACGUGUCGGUAGCGCUGGAGUUCCUGGAGCGACAACACAUCCGCCUGGUGUCCAUCGACUCCAAAGCCAUCGUGGACGGGAAUCUGAAGCUGAUCCUAGGUCUGAUCUGGACCCUAAUCCUGCACUACUCCAUCUCCAUGCCCAUGUGGGAGGAUGAGGACGACGAGGACGCCAGGAAGCUGACACCCAAGCAACGUCUUCUGGGCUGGAUCCAGAAUAAGGUGCCCCAGGUGCCUAUCACCAACUUUCACCGCGACUGGAGGGAUGGCAAGGCCCUGGGAGCUCUGGUGGACAACUGUGCCCCAGGCCUCUGCCCAGACUGGGAAACCUGGGAUCCAAGUCAGCCGGUGGAGAACGCCAGAGAGGCCAUGCAACAGGCGGACGACUGGUUGGGCGUACCUCAGGUCAUCGCGCCAGAGGAAAUCGUGGACCCCGACGUGGACGAGCACUCGGUGAUGACCUACCUGUCGCAGUUUCCCAAAGCCAAACUGAAGCCAGGUGCCCCCUUGAGGGCAAAAACUCUGCAUCCCAAGAGGGCAAAAGCCUAUGGGCCAGGCAUUGAACCUCACGGGAACGUGGUGCUCAAACCGGCAGAGUUUCUGGUGGAAACGGUGGAGGCUGGGCUGGGCGAGGUUUUGGUUUACGUGGAGGAUUCGGAAGGGCACACAGAGGAGGCCCGAGCGAUCCCAAACAACGACAAGAAGCGAACCUACUCAGUCGUCUAUUUGCCCAGAGUGGAGGGUCUCCAUCAGGUAAAGGUUCUGUUUGCGGGCCAGGACAUUGACCGGAGCCCCUUCACGGUCCACGUCUCCAAAGCCAUGGGGGACCCGAGCCGAGUGCAGGCCCGCGGCCCGGGGCUGCAGCACCUGGGCAACGUGGCCACCAAGCCUACCUACUUUGACAUCUACAUAGCAGGCGCCGGCGCUGGUGACGUGGGCGUGACCAUCGUGGACUCAAAUGGUCGCAGGGACACAGUGGAAGUGGUUCUGGAGAACAAAGGCGACAGCAUCUUCCGAUGCACCUAUGUACCCGUUCUGGAGGGAGCGCACAGCCUUUAUGUCACUUUUGCCGGACAGCAGAUUCCCGGGAGCCCCUUCUCCGUCCUUAUUGGCCAAGUUCCACGGAGCGUGUCGUCGCCGCCGCCGGUGCCUGCGGGCUCUCCGGUUCAGAUUGUACCUCAGUCAGUAUGCACCUCCCCGAGGAGAGCCCCACCGCCAACGCCACCAAAACCCAGGCGAACAACCUGCAACCCCAACGCCUGCAGGGCGUCUGGCCGCGGUCUGCAGCCCAAAGGUCUGAGGGUGAAGGAAGUUGCUGACUUCAAAGUGGACACCCGAGGCGCUGGAAGCGGCGAGCUCCGAGUAGCGGUGAAAGGACCAAAGGGACUGGAGGAGCCAGUGAAGGUGGUGGAGGUGGACGGCGGGCGCUUUGAGUGUAACUACUACCCGAUUGCGACAGGAAGUUACAUCAUCACCAUCACUUGGGGGGGUCACAGCAUCCCGCGCAGUCCCUUUGAAGUCUACGUGAGCGAAGAGGCAGGCCCUCAGAAGGUGCGGGCCUGGGGUCCUGGUCUGGAGACGGGUAUGGUGGGAAAGAGCGCCGACUUUGUGGUGGAGGCCAUCGGGACAGAGGUGGGAACACUAGGCUUCUCCAUCGAGGGUCCGUCUCAAGCCAAGAUCGAGUGCGAUGACAAAGGGGACGGCUCCUGCGACGUCAGGUACUGGCCCACCGAGCCUGGCGACUACGCCGUCCAUGUCAUUUGUGACGACGAGGACGUGAAGGACAGCCCCUUCGUAGCGCACGUCCUGCCUGCCGCCGUGGACCUUCACCCAGAAAAGGUGAGGUGUUACGGGCCGGGCCUGGAACCCGUUGGCUGCAUCAUCAACAAACCGGCGGAUUUCACCAUCGAUGUCGGAGGAGCCGGCAGAGGCCAGCUGAGGCUCUACGCUCAGGACGCUGAAGGUUGCCCUAUAGACGUUGAGGUCAGGGACAAUGGCGACGAGAGCUUCUUGUGCGUUUACGUCCCCGCCAAGCCCAUCAAGCACACCAUCAUCGUAACGUGGGCUGAGGUCAACGUUCCAAACAGUCCCUUCAGGGUGAGCAUCGGAGAAGGCAGCCAUCCGCACAAGGUGAAGGUUUUGGGUCCCGGCGUGGAGAGAAGCGGACUGAAGGCCACCGAGCCCACCUACUUCACCGUGGACUGCGGCGAGGCGGGACAAGGGGACGUCAGCAUCGGCAUCAAGUGCGCACCCGGUGUGGUCGGGCCCGCCGAGGCCGGCAUCGACUUUGACAUCAUCAAGAAUGACAAUGACACGUUCACGGUCAAGUACACGCCGCCGGCCCCGGGCCACUACAGCGUCAUGGUGCUGUUUGCCGACCAGGAAAUUCCAAUCAGCCCCUUCAGGAUCAAAGUGGAUCCUGCUCACGAUGCUGCCAAAGUCAAAGCAGAAGGACCCGGACUCAACAAAUUGGGCGUUGAAGCGGGAAAGCCGACGCACUUCACCAUCUACGCCAAAGGAGCUGGCAAAGCGCAGCCCGAGGUCCACUUUGGAGGCGCCGAUAAAAUGCCAGACUUUGAGAUCAUCGACAACCACGACUACUCAUAUACGGUCCGCUACACCGCCAAGGAGCAGGGAAGUUUGGCCAUCACUGUCCUCCACGGGGGUGAUGCCAUUCCCAAAAGUCCCUUUCACGUCCAAGUAGCUCCACCUUUGGAUCUCAGCAAGGUCCAAGUUCACGGCCUGGAGAACAAGGUGGAGGUCGGAAAAGAUCAGGAGUUCAGCAUCAGUACUUCGGGUGCCGGCGGCCAGGGCCGAGUGGACGUGAAGAUCGUUUCGCCGUCUCGCCGACCCGUUCCGUACAAGCUGGAGUCCGGUGCGGGCAACCACAUUCAUUCGGUCAGCUUCACGCCGCCGGAAGAGGGGCUGUACACCGUGGAAAUCAGCUACGACGAGAACCCAGUCCCGGGAGGUCCCUUGUCGGUGGAGGGCAUCUUAGCCCCCGAUCCCUCCAAGGUGCGAGCCUACGGUCCAGGUCUGGAGGGAGGCGCGGUGGGCAAAGCGGCCCCCUUUGCCAUCGAUACAAAGGGAGCGGGCAGCGGCGGUUUAGGCCUGACGGUGGAGGGUCCCUGCGAGGCCAAGAUCGAAUGCCAGGACAACGGCGACGGCUCCUGCUCCGUGUCCUACUUGCCCACCGAGCCGGGCGAGUACAACAUCAACAUCCUGUUUGCCGAGCAGCACGUCCCGGGCUCCCCCUUCAAGGCCGCCGUCCGCUCGGCCUUCCAGCCGAGCAAGGUGACGGCCCGCGGGCCCGGUUUGGAGCGGGGGAAAGCCCACCAGGCCGGCUCCUUCCUGGUGGACUGCUCCCAAGCCGGAGAGGCGGAGCUCACCGUCGAGAUCGUUUCCGAGAAGGGCUCCAAAGCUGAAGUUCACGUGGAGAACAACCAGGACGGAACCUACUCAAUCACCUACAUCCCGCAGUCUCACGGUGUGCACACCCUCACCAUCAAGUACGGAGGACACCUGGUGCCAAAGUUUCCCGCACGUCUGCAGGUGGACGCGGCCCUUGACCUCAGUGGCGUCAAGGUUUACGGACCCGGCGUGGAAGCCAGGGGAGUCCUGAGAGAAGUCCCCACACACUUCACGGUGGAUGUCCGAAGUAUAUACCAGAGCGCCGGCGGCCAUGUCAAAGCGUACAUUUCGAAUCCGUCGGGCGCCACCACAGACGCCUACGUGACGGACAAGGCCGAUGGCACGUACCGCGUGGACUACACGCCUUUCGAGGAUGGUUUGCACGUCAUCGAGGUGAUGUUGGACGACGAUCCCCUCCCCAAUAGCCCGUUCAGGGUGUCCGCGAGCGAGGGUUGCGAUCCCAGUCGAGUCCGAGCCUACGGGCCGGGCCUGGAAGAGGCUCUGGUGAACAAUCGCAACCCAUUUACUGUCGAGACCAGGGGUGCCGGCACCGGGGGUCUCGGCCUGGCCAUCGAGGGUCCGUCGGAGGCCAAGAUGUCCUGCAAGGACAACAAAGAUGGCAGCUGUAGCGUGGAGUACAUUCCCUUCACUUGUGGAGACUAUGACGUCAACAUCACCUUUGGGGGGCUUCCCGUUCCAGGAAGUCCAUUUCGAGUCCCAGCGCGAGAGGUGGUGGACCCCACCAAAGUGCGCUGUUCCGGACCCGGGCUUGGAAGCGCCGUCCGUGCUCAUGUCUUUCAGACCUUUACUGUUGACAGCAGCAAGGCUGGCGCAGCCCCUUUGGAGGUCCAGAUCUUUGGGCCGACAGGUGCCACUGAGCCCGUCAGCGUUUUGGACAACGGUGACGGAACGCGCACGGUCAAUUACACCCCCAGCAACGAUGGUGCGUACACUAUCUGCAUCAAAUACGCCCAGCAGGAGGUUCCUCAAAGUCCAUUCAAGAUCAAGACCCUGCCGGCUCACGAUGCCAGCAAGGUCCGUGCCAGCGGUCCCGGUCUGAAUUCAUCAGGCGUUCCCGCCAGUCUCCCAGUGGAGUUCACCAUCGACGCCAGAGAUGCCGGGGAGGGACUGCUGACGGUUCAGAUCCAGGGUCCUGACGGCUGCGAGCACCAGGCUGCCGUCUUUGUGCAGGACUGGCACACGCAUGUCUGGGAAUCUCUUAUAGCCAAGAGAACCAUCCCGUUCUCCAUUUUUAAGAGAGCCUGUGAUCCCGAGGCCAAGCCCAAGAAGGCCAACAUCAGAGACAACCGUGACGGGACCUACACGGUGUCCUACGUCCCGGACAUGGCGGGCCGCUACACCAUCACCAUCAAGUACGGCGGCGACGAAAUACCGUACUCGCCGUACCGCAUCCACGCUGCGCCCAGCGGCGAUGCCAGCAAGUGUCUGGUCACAGUGUCAAUCGGAGGACACGGACCAGGGUCCGGGGUGGGUCCCACCAUCCACAUCGGAGAGGAGACGGUGAUCACAGUGGAUGCGAAGGCUGCCGGGAAAGGCAAGGUCACCUGUAAGGUGUCCACACCGGACGGGGCAGAACUGGACGUGGACGUGGUGGAAAAUCCAGACGGCACAUUUGACAUUUACUACACGGCGCCCCAACCCGGGAAGUAUGUCAUCACCAUCCGCUUUGGAGGAGAGCACAUUCCCAACAGUCCCUUCCACGUACUGGCGACCGACGACCCGACGAUCCCCGCCGACGGGACGGAGGCUGCCGCGCUCCGGCCCUUCUGCUUGGUCAUUCCCUUCACUGUCCAGACUGGAGAAAUCACGGGUGAAGUGCGAAUGGCGUCCGGUCGCACGGCCCGCCCGACCAUCGCAGACAACAAAGACGGCACCGUCACCGUCAAGUACUCGCCAACUGAGCGAGGCCUGCACGAGAUGGACAUCAAGUACAACGGCCAGCAUAUCCCAGGAAGUCCGCUUCAGUUCUUCGUGGAUGCCAUUAAUAGCGCUCACGUGACGGCGUACGGCCCCGGCUUGAGCCACGGCGUGGUCCACUCACCAGCGACCUUCACCAUCGCCACCAAGGACGCGGGAGAGGGCGGUUUGUCACUGGCAGUGGAAGGACCGUCCAAAGCCGAGAUCAGCUGCAAGGACAACAAAGACGGAACCUGCACCGUGUCCUACUUGCCCACGGUGCCCGGCGACUACGUCAUCAUUGUCAAGUUUGACGAGCAACACAUUGCCGGCAGCCCGUUCGGCGCCAAGAUCACCGGCGAUGACCCUCACGCCACGUCUCAGCUCAACGUCGGCACGGCCACAGACGUCUCCUUGAGGAUCAUGGAGACGGACCUGGCCAGUCUGACGGCGAGCAUUCGAGCACCGUCGGGAAGCCAAGAGGCGUGCCUCCUCAAGAGACUUCCCAACAGACACAUCGGCAUCUCCUUCACGCCAAAGGAAGUCGGCGAGCACGUGGUGAGCGUGAAGAAGGGCGGCACGCACGUGACCAACAGCCCCUUUAAGAUCAUGGUGGCGCAGUCGGAGAUCGGCGAUGCCAGCAAGGUGAAAGUGUUGGGGGCGGGGCUGCUGGAGGCCCGCACCUCGGAGGUGGCCCACUUCAUCGUCGACACCAGGACUGCCGGUUACGGCGGUCUCGGUCUGUCCAUCGAGGGUCCCAGCAAGGUGGACAUCAACUGCGAGGACGUGGAGGACGGCACGUGUCGCGUCACUUACUGUCCCGGCGAGCCUGGCAACUACAUCAUCAACAUCAAGUUUGCCGACCAGCACGUCUCCGGAAGUCCCUUCACCGUCAAAGUGUUUGGCGAGGGCAGGAUGAAGGAGACCAUCACCAGGAAGCGGCAGGCACCCGCCAUCGCCACCGUGGGAGGCACAUGUGACCUCAACCUGAAGAUCCCAGGCAACUGGUUCCAGAUGGUUUCGGCGCAGGAGCGGGUGACGCGCACCUUCACGCGCAGCAGCCACACCUACACGCGCACCGAACGCACCGAGAUCAGCAAGACGCGUGGCGGCGAGACCAAGCGAGAAGUCCGCGUGGAGGAGAGCACGCAGGUCGGAGACCCCUUUCGGGACGUCUUUGGAGACAUCAUGGGGCGGGAGAGUCUGAGCGGCUUUGGCGGAAAGUCUCCACCGCACGACGGCGAGCACCAGGAGAUGGCGGCUCAGGUGACGAGUCCGGGCGGCAAGUGCGAAGAUGCCGAGAUCAUCCGCGGCGAGGACAGCACGUACAGCGUCCGCUUCGUACCGCAGGAGAUGGGCGCGCACGUAGUGGACGUCAAAUACCGUGGCCAACACGUUCCCGGGAGCCCCUUCCAGUUCACCGUGGGCCCCCUGGGAGAGGGCGGGGCCCACAAGGUGCGGGCGGGCGGCACGGGCCUCGAGCGAGCCGUGGCCGGCAUUCCGGCCGAGUUCAGCAUCUGGACCAGGGAGGCGGGAGCGGGCGGGCUCUCCAUUGCGGUGGAGGGGCCCAGCAAGGCCGAAAUUGCCUUUGAGGACCGCAAGGACGGUUCCUGCGGUGUCUCCUACGUGGUCCAGGAGCCAGGAGACUACGAGGUCUCCAUCAAGUUCAACGACGAGCAUGUCCCGGACUCCCCCUUCACGGUCCCCGUGGCCAGCUUGUCAGACGGCGCCCGCCGCCUCACCAUCACCAGCCUUCAGGACUCCGGACUGAAGGUGAACCAAGAAGCCUCGUUUGCAGUGCGGCUGAACGGUGCUCGCGGUGUCAUUGACGCCAAAAUGAAUGCGCCCUCCGGAGCCACGCAGGAAUGUUUGAUCAGCCAGCUGGACGGCGAUCAGUACGCCAUUAGCUUCGUACCCAAAGAGAACGGCGUCCACUCCAUCGAGGUGCGCUUCGGUGGCAGCCACGUGCCGGGAAGCCCUUUCAAGAUUCGCGUGGGGGAGCCCGGUCAGACAGGAGACCCCAGCAAGGUGUCGGCUUCCGGGUCGGGCCUGGAAAGCGGGACCACGGGGGUGGCGUCAGAGUUCACGGUGAACACGUCGAACGCCGGCGGUGGAGCUCUGUCUGUGACCAUUGACGGACCCUCUAAAGUCCAGAUGAGCUGCCAGGAAUGUGCAGAAGGCUACCUGGUGUCCUACACCCCCAUGGCUCCCGGGAGCUACCUGAUCUCCAUCAAGUAUGCGGGAGCCAAGCACAUUGUCGGCAGUCCCUUCAAGGCCAAAGUCUCUGGCCCGAGCUUAUGCAGCGGUCCCGGUCUUCACGAGAGCUCGUCUGUUCUGGUGGAAACCGUCACCAAGUCGUCUGGAAUGGCCGGGGCCUUCGCUUCCCUGCCCAAAUUCUCCUCAGAUGCCAGCAAGGUGGUCUCCAGGGGGGCCGGCCUGUCCAAAGCCUUUGUGGGCCAGAAGAACUCCUUCAUGGUGGAUUGCAGCAAAGCAGGAAGCAACAUGUUAAUGGUGGGGGUCCACGGUCCCAGGGCCCCGUGCGAGGAGGUCUACGUGAAGCACGCAGGCCACAGGAUGUACAAUGUGACGUACACGGUGAAAGAAGCAGGAAACUACAUCGUCAUGGUCAAGUGGGGCGACGCCCACAUCCCCGGGAGUCCCUUUCACGUCACUGUACCAUGAAAGUUGCUUUUCUUUAGACAAACAGUUUGCUAGAGUUGUGAUAAAACUGUCUUUUUUUCUUUCUUUUCAACUUUUGUUUUCUCCACAAAGGUCUUGACAGACAGACAGACAGACAGGAAGUAACAAAAAGUCUUAUUGUGGCUUUGUGAACACUAUGAUUGUUUGAUAAAUUUCAUAAAAAUAAUAAGUAUUGAUCAUUAUAAUAAUAAUAAUAAAGGUUUGUACUUGUAAAGUGA